CAUAGCAAAAUCCAACGCCGCUAUUUUAUAUUUACUCUCUUAACUCUCCCACAACCUCACCAUUCCCCCUUCCAUGGCGAUGGCGAUGGCGAUCGCGGCGAUCGUAUCCCGAAGCCGAGCUCUCCUCCCCCUUCUCCUUUCCCCUUCUCCUCUUCCUCCUCCUCUCAAUCUCCUCCACCUCCCCUUUUCCUCCUCUUCCUCUUCCUCUUCCUCUUCCUCCUCCUCCGCCCCUUCUCCCUCUUUCCCCUUCAAACCCACCAUCCCCACCUCCCCCGACCCCGAAACCAGCGACUUCGAGCGCGAGCCCGACGACGCCCCCUCCGACCCCGACGGCUCCGACCUCCCCGAGUUCCUCCAACUCCUAUCCCACGCCAAAUCCCUCUCCUCCUCGCACAAGGACGCGCUUGCCCUACUGCGGUCCUCGUCGGGCGUGGAGCGAUCUAGGGCUUUGGUCCGCCGCGCCCUGUGGGACCUGAGGUGGGAUUGGGAGUCGGCGAUGCUGGCUCUGCGGUGGGGGGAGGAGUGUGUGUUGGACUGCCCCGCGGCGUGGCACCUGGCGAUAUGGGCGAUGGGUAAGCAGGGGAGGUUCGACAUGGCGUGGUCCGUGGUGCGGAGGAUGCACAAGAGGUCCAUCCUUACGCAGCGGGCGAUGGUGAUCAUGAUGGAAAGGUAUGCAGCUGCUAAUGAACCUGGAAAAGCAACAAAAACAUUCCAUGCAAUGGAGAAGUUUAAAAUAAGCGCUGACUUAACCGCAUUUUACUCCCUCCUUCGUGCUCUUUGCAAGAACAAGAAUGUUGAGGAGGCCGAAGAAUUGCUUCUUGUCAAUAAGAAAUUUUUCCCUCUCUCUGCAGAAAGUUUCAAUAUAAUACUCGACGGAUGGUGUAAUAUAAUGACAGAUAUAACUGAAGCAAAGAGAGUUUGGAGAGAGACGGCAAGUUGCUGCAUCACCCCAGAUGGUACUUCUUACACCCAUAUGAUUCGUUGCUUCUCAAAAGUUGGCAACCUCUUCGAUUCCUUAAGGCUUUAUGACGAAAUGAAAAAGAGAGGCUGGACUCCUGAUUUGACGGUCUACAAUUCUCUUGUUUAUGUGCUAACUGGAGAAAAUUGCUUGAAGGAUGCGCAAAAUAUAUUCAGUAAAAUUUUGGAUGAGGGACUGCGACCAACUGUAGAAACAUUCAAUUGUAUGAUAUAUCCACUGUGUGAAAGUCACAAGCUGGAGGAAGCGCAAAUGGUAAUGGAGGACAUGAUGGUGAAGGGCAUCAGUCCGGACAUCGAAACUUACCAUGCCUUCAUAAAGGAAGAGGGUAUUGACGAGACAUUGAAAAUAUUGAGAAGAAUGAGAGAUGCUCAUUGUGGCCCUAGUAAAUAUACAUUUCUUUUGCUUUUUGAUAAGUAUUUUGGAUUGAACGAAUCUGAAAAUGCAUUAAGAAUGUGGAGCGAAAUGAGGAAAUAUGGGAUUGAUCCCGACUCCUCACACUACAUUGCAUUGGUGGAAGGUUUGGUGAAACAUGGAUGGAUGCCGAAAGCUCUACAGUUUUACAAUGAGAUGAAGGACAGGGGGUUUAUUCCUGAUCCUAAACUUGAGAAAGUCUUUAAGGAAUUCAUAGAAAAUAAUAAAGAUCACUGGGGAAGAGUUGGUAAAGAUUACAUCAUUUCACAGCAUGGAAAACAUAAUGCUCUAAGAGGAGCAGCAGUUUAAUGACCGGUCGGGUAGAUUAGUUUUCUUAUGAGCACUUCUUGUGAUUGGUCUAUUUGGGGGCAUCAUAUAAAAGAGAGGAUGAAACGAAAAACUGUUGGUUUAGAGGGGAAAUGUCAAGUUGCCGUGAAUCAGAAUGCAUCCUUGCUGCUAUCUGAAACAUUCCAGUGUGGAAAAAGAUUUCCACAGUAAUUCUAAGGUUGAGUUGAUGAACAUAAUUGAUGAUGAUCUUUUGGCCUUCAUACAAAAUGCUCAUGGUGCUGAAUCACAUGGAGUUUUCUGUGGUUUUUCGAGGCUAUUGGGCAUUUUAAGGAACCAGAAACAAUGAGAUCUAUCACUUAAACUUGUACAGCUUUGCUGCUGAUCAAGAAACACAGGUAAAGGCUUUUAACGAAAUAAUGUUUAUGAUGUGAGUGCAGCACGAGGUAAAUCGUGUUAUUGUGGACAAGGUUUUAAAUACCCGUCGGUACGGACUGUAUCCACGUAUCGUACCGUGCCAACAAGAUACCUAUACGAUACAGAUUACGUGCCGAUGGCACAGCUCAAAAUUUUCUAUUCUUUAAAUUAGUGAGUGAUUUUCUCAAUAAAGUUCAAAAGAUGUGAUAAAAAGACAUAAUAAAUUGUUAGAAUAUUUUGUUGCUAAAGAAAAUAAAUAUUUCAUGCUAUUAUGUGUCGGCACACAAAAUUUUUUUUGACCGGCACUCAUCGGCACGGUUCGACACGCACCGUGUCGUACCGUACCGACAAGUUUCCUGCAUGAUUCCGUACUACGGCAUUUAAAUUCUUGAUUGUGGACAUAAAAUUCUUCGUAUGAUCAUCAAGUUCUAAUUAUUUCACUAAUAAUGAGAUAAUCCCCUUUUGAAUAAUUGAAUUGAAUGAAUCUGAAAGUUUAGAUGAUUA